AUGGGGCGUGCUUGCACGGGAAUUGAUGCCCUGGUAUUCUUGCAGGUUCGGCAUCCGGCUAAUUCCGGCAGCCAACGCAGCGUCGUUAAGGCGUCGCCUGCCGGCGUUCUGCAGGGCCACUCUCUGCGCGCGCUCGCACCCAUUGAGACCGUGCUGACCGUUCAUAUGCUCUCCAUUUCCAUGCGAUGGAGAGCUUCAGGCUGUGCAUCUCCUCAGGAACUUAUCAGGUUCAAAGCUUCGACGAGCUGCGGACUGCAUCAGACACAGCGUGCCUUCUUGGUGAUGAGUGGGUCGGACACCACCCGAGUCAAGCCAUACGUCGAGAUCGGCCGCAUCUUGGUUACUGAGGAGAUGACCCCUGAGGGUGCGACCCCUGACACGGGCGAUCAGGAGUUUUACCUCACCUCUACGACGCCCCCGCCUGACGAUGAUGAUGAGGAUGAGGAGGAGGAGGAGGAGGAGGAGGAGGAAGAGGAGGACACGCCCCCCGUGGUGCUUCCUAUUCCGAAGAAUGAGACCGACAUAACGGGAGGCGAGAUCAUGGAUGGCGAACGAGGCUGCGGAGUGCUGACCUCUGGUGGCUCGAUGUACAUGUACAAGGCCGGGGUGAGGCAGCUAACCACACCUGUCAUCGACACGACCUUCCUCACCCACCUGCAGUUCUACCUGCGUGUGGGGGGCGGGGACGAGCGUUUCUGCAACAACGCGACCGGUCGCGACGAAUCGAUCGUGCUGCAGUACACGAACGAUGCUGGCGCCACCUGGAAUCUACUGGAGGAACUUCCACCUGAGGCUUACAGAAAUGAGCGGUUUGUGCGAGUUCAGCUGCCGAAGGAAGCAAAGACGAAGACGUCGUUGUUUCGCUGGUGGCAGCCGGAUCACAGUGGAGCGGGCAUGGACCAGUGGGCAAUGAACGACAUCUCCGUGCAAGAUGACGGAUCGAUGAGGAAGAUGGAGGACGACCUAGAGGAUGAACCGAACGAGGCGUGGCUGGCGCACUCUCCUCAUGCGAGUGCUGAGUACUGUGGCAGCAACCACAGCACGCUCGUGCUCUCCUCCCUCAAGAACCGAUUCAUCGUCACCAAGGACAUCACGCUGAAGAAUGGCGACGUCAUUCAGUUCAAGAUUGCCGUUGGCUGUCGAACCACGGCCGCUCUUGCGUGUGAGACCCCCGUACUGCUGCAGUACUCAGCAGACUCUGGCACCACCUGGCUGUCCGUGCUGGAGACAUGUCAGGCGGGGUCCGGAUGUCAAGCCGGAGCGUCGGAGAGCUCAGUCUACUACCCGGCGACGCACGCCGGCUGGACGACCAUCGUCGUCGAGGUGCCUAGGACCAUAGUUAACAGGAGGAUUCAGCUGCGCUGGUGGCAGAAGGAUGUCGGACGUAUAAGCACCUUCGCCCUGAGUGAUGUCUACAUCGGCCCUGCCUGCAGGGGGCGCUGUAGUGGCCAUGGUCUCUGUAAGCAGCGCAGGUGCGUCUGCGAACCAGGAUAUUCAGGUCGCGCCUGUCAGCGAUCCAACAUCAUCAGACCGACUUCGCUGCUGGAGAGCUUUGAUGAGCGCGGCGGCUACGGCAGCAUCUGGGAUAGAGUGCACGGUGCCGAGAUCAACAACCAUUGUGGCGUGCUCGUCGGCGGCAAGGCGAUGUGGUUCGGACAGGCAGGAGCACGGCUCCUUCAGACUGUGGAGCUUAACACCUUACCGGCCAGGUAUGGAGAGACGCGUGCGGCGUGGGCUAUAGACAGUGUCAAGCUGAGCGAUGGAGGUCAGCGAGUGCGAUUCCAGGACACGUUCGAUCCGAUGCAGGACGACGGCUGGUUCAAGACUGCCGACGGACGUCCGAAGAAGACCUGCCUGACGUUGGACACCGCCCUCGAGUUCCGCACUAUGCGAGGUAAGCAACAAUUUGCAGAGACAUGGGACAUACACGUGCUGCCAUCUGCAUUCAUCCAGUUUGAUCUUAUGAUGGGCUGUGGUCGCUACACCUUCCCCUAUGCUGUCAGGUUAGAAUACUCGGUGGAUGGUGGGCGAAGCUGGAACCCCGUAGCAGACGAAUGUCUGCCUCCCAACGUUGGCUGCAAUGGUUACCACCUGAGCAGCAAGUACAACUCGGAGACACACACCAUCUGGACCCGUGUUUUUAACUACCUGCCUGCCAAAGCCUCCACCCCGGCCACACGAUUCCGAUGGAUGACUGAGGGAGAGAUACCACAGGGAGAGGUGUGGGCGUUGGACAAUGUCUACAUCGGGGGAGGCUGCCCAUGGCUCUGCUCUGGUCAUGGUUACUGCAACAUGGGAGAAUGUGUGUGCGACGCAGGGUAUGGGGGAGCGUACUGUGUGGUGCAGGAGCAGUUACCCUGCUCUACCAGAGACACGUUCGACCAGGGAGUGAACAUGACAGCGUGGAAGGAAGCGUACGGGGGAGAAACUAGCUCUCAGUGUGGCAUGCUUGUCUCAGGCAGCGCUCUCGUCUUUAAAAAGCAAGGCACACGCAUGCUGGUAUCCCACGACAUGGACAUGACUAGUGCGCAGUACAUUCAGUUUGUCUACAAGUAUGGCUGCGGGGAAUCAAUGGCCCCGGGGUCAACCAGCAGUGUACUCGUGCAGUACUCCAGCAAUGGUGGCAUCACCUGGAAUUUACUCAAGGAAAUCAAGAACAGAGAGGCGAUUGAGCCCCGAUUCAUGCACCUAGACUUCCCCUACCAGGGCAAAACAAACUCCACGCGAAUCCGCCUGUGGCAACCCCAGCACGGAGGUCCCGAUGCUAACGUGUGGGCGGUGGAUGACAUAGUUGUUGGUGGCGAGACAAUUGCUCCCAAUGUCAUCUAUGACCCGCUGACCUCUGCUCCCCAGGGAAACGCUUUCCUGUUCUGGCCAGGAGGCAGAACGGAUGCUUACUGUUCCAGUGGCCAGCCGGCGCUAGUUUUCGACAGAUUCAGCGGACAGAGGGCGCUCUAUACGAGAGAUAUACAGGUUGAUCAGGGCUCUGUUAUACAGUUUGAGAUUAGAGUUGGCUGCGGUGGGGAGGGUAACGCUGAUAAUCCUGUCCGGUUUGAGGUGUCGACGGAUAGUGGGGAGACGUGGUCGCUGGUGCUGGGUGCAAGCUCUAACAGUGCCACCACGGCCGAUUCAGGUUGUGGCGAGCAAGAUGGCGUCUCACCAGGCGGCAGCAGCAUCUGCAGGUGGAGCGAGACAAGGCCGAGUAUCUACUACAAGGAUGGCUCGAGGGAGUGGAUGCGCGUGACUGUUCCCUACACCAGCAUACAUUACUGCGGUGCGGCGCGAUUCAGGUGGUUCCAGGGAGACUACGAUACACUGGACUUGCCGCCAACCUGGGCUCUUCAGAACCUAUACGUCGGGCCCGCCUGUGUUCGGCACUGCGGCGGUAGAGGGCGCUGUAUCAACGGCGACGUGUGCGUUUGCGACGAGGGCUACAGUGGGGAGUUCUGUGAGCUGGCUGCUAGUCCAAACCCUUCAUACAUCAAGGAGAGCUUCCAAGAUGCGGCCGUUGACACGAGCCGGUGGCUGCAUGUGAGUGGAGCAGAGCUAGAUGACUUCUGUGGGAGUGACGUAUCGAGUCGCUCGCUCCACUUCACUCUCCCGGGCGAGCGCGCCUUGACAUCCCGUGACCUUGACCUGAGAUUUGUCAGCUCGGUACAGUUCCACCUGAGCCUCGGCUGUGGCAAGCCGCUGCCUAGUCGCGGGGUCACGCCGGUGCUCUUCCAGUACUCGACGGACGCCGGAGUCUCGUGGACGACGAUCGAGACGUUUGGAUUUCUCGGCGAGGGCGAGGAGUCCGACUACUUUGUUCUGGACGUUCCCGAGGCUGCGCGCACUGCCGCCACGCGUCUGCACUGGUUCCAGCCAAGCUGCGACGGCACGUUCGCUGCUGACUGGAGCAUCAGCCAGGUCUACCUCGGUGGAGUUGACAAGGCAGAGCUGGUGAUGCGAGAUGACUUCAGCGCGGACGAGGAGGAGGAAGAGGACGAUUUCUGGAUCCGGCAGGCAGGAUUCCGCCACGGUGCCUACUGCGGCCGGCUAAGCAACGCUCUCGUAUUCGACGGACCGGACAAGGCCAGGUUUGCCGUCUCUACAGGAGUGCAGGUCACUGAGCUGUCAUACAUACAGUUUGAUUUGGCUAUGGGCUGUCUCCCCGGGCCGUGCUUCAGCAUAAACCUUGAAUUCUCAACGGAUAAUGGCAAGAAGUGGCAACUGAUUGAUAGUGGCUGCAAUCCUUCAGACGUGUCCUGCGAUCAUUUCUACGAGUCGACUAGCUUUGCAUCAGAUCUGAACAAGGCAUGGACUAGAGUAACACUUAAAUUGCCACUGUACACUGACUGCUCCAGACAGCUGGUCACCGUGGACAUGGACCUGACUGAUGCCCAGUACGUGCAGUUCUUCUACAAGUACGGCUGCCUGAACCAGCCGAACAAGCGAGAUGAGAACAUCAUAGUCCAAUACUCACCAGAUAGUGGCUCCACGUGGAGAAAUCUGGUAGAACUGUUUGCCGACGACACAGACCCAAGGUUCUUUUCUGUAAAUCUCCCACGAGAAGCAAAAGUACAGGGAGCUAGAAUACGCUGGUGGCAACCUUCAAACAGCGGGCCAAAUAAGGACGACUGGGCAAUCGAUAAUGUCUUCAUAGGAGGUGUGGAAGAUGCUCCGGACACGUUCCAGGCGGACGACCCUGGCUCAUGGCUGGACACUGAUAAUGUUGAGACGGCCCCUUACUGCGGGGACCAGCACGAAUCCUGGAUCGAGAAGGGAGUGGCGGCGGAGAGGGAGGGCGGGAGUCGGUGA